AUGACCUCUGAACCUAUCGUCCAGCUGUAUGCGGAGCAUCUGCUCAACAUUCGCACACUUACUCUCACCGCUUCCUUGUCGACAGAAAGUACUCCGCUAACCAAGGCGAAGAUCUCAGCUGAUGCUACAACCCUCACGCUCAGUCAUGAAGAGGUUUCUGCCACCAUUCAUCUCCCGAAAGCAAUCGAAGGCGGUGCAAAUGCCGUUCUCGAGCUUCCAAAACAGGCGACGAAAGAUUUACAGCUACGCCUGAUGCUUGAAGAGCACAACCAUAGGAGUCAUCUUAUCAAAGACUCUCCCGCCAAGAAUGGUGCACUCCAGGAAGACAAUUGGGUGCCGUGGUCAGCUCCGAGUCUUGUGAGGAGACGAGGCAAGUUCAGCUGUCGGAACUGUGGAACCGCUGUCCUGAACAACUCGCCAUCUUCCGGGAGCGUGAAGAGUAUAGCACCGCCUGAGGAUACUAUCACUCUCUGGAAAGACUUACCAAACGAAAACUGGGCAGAGAUGAUGGACUUCUGGCAUUGUCACAAGCCUGACACUGAGGACGGAAUUCACGACGAAGCUGUUCACACCAAGGGAUAUGCGGCAGGUAGCAAAAUCCAAGCCAUUGGAGGUAUGGGUUUCGUAGAUAUCGCAUACUUCCUACUCGCCAGUGACGACUGUCGUUCUAUCAAGACUAAGCCCGACAACACAUUACAUUGUAAGCAAUGCGCAGCCGAAGUCGGCAUGGUAGACGAGCGAGCGGAUGGAUAUCGUGUCUGGAAAUGGGCCCUCUCCUACAUGCCAUUCGACACCAAUCUCCCGCCAGGCAAUCAUGCCAUAGUGAAAUGGAUCUCGGCACUCUUUCUCUUCACGAUUGAAAACCAAGGCGUUCGCAAAAUAGCUGUACACGACACAGCCAAUACUUCAAUGUCUGGCUUGCUCCUUUGGAUCUUCACGCCAGACUUAACAUUCUCAUCUUCAUAUCAACCCCCAAAUUCUGAACGCCUGGAUCCCACCCGCGCGAUGAAGGUAUUCUGGCAGGAUUUUGUCACUCAGACUGGAGAGGACGUCGAGAGUACGUCGGUCGAAGAAGUCAGAAUCCCAUCGAGAUUAUAUGUGGAGCUGCAAGGCGCGCUAGAAGAAAGCAAAAACAUUCUCCCAGUGAAGAGUCAGGUCUUUCGUGGUUGGAACGUCGCGCUGCUUCCAAGAUUUCAAGGUAACGAAAUAGAUUGA